CUGAAUAGGGACUCAAACACAAGUAACCACCGUUAUCACGUUAUCCAGGCAAACCUCCAGAGGAGCGAGCUAGCUACGGCCGAACUAAUCAUCGAGGCAACAAAAAACAAGACAACGUUUGCCCUAGUCCAGGAACCAUACAUCGGAAGUAUCGGCGAAAUGAAGACCCAUCCAGGGACAAGAGUAGUACAAUGCAGCAGAAGCCUAAACACGAACAAAGUGAUAAAGGCAGCCAUUGUGCUAUUCGACGACACCAUAGGCAUAACCCAGUGCCCUGACCUUACAACAGAAAACGUAGCAGUAGCCAAACUGAGGACAGGGGCCUGGGAGAUGGGAGUGGUGUCCGUCUACCUGGAGGGGGACAAAUUAGUCGAUCCUUACCUGGACGCGAUAGAGAAAGCCGUAGCUGGCCUAGGAACUGGGAACGUGAUACUCGGUGGAGACAUAAACGCUUGGAGUACUUGGUGGGGAAGCCGGGAGACAGAUAAGCGGGGGAUCGAAGUAGCUGCCAAACUAGACCAAUUAGAGCUCCACAUUUUGAACAGAGGUACAGAGCCCACAUUUGAUACGAUCAGAGGCGGGAGGAGAUUCUCCAGCUGUGUGGAUGUGACAACCUGCUCGACGAGCCUACUCGGGAGGAUUGAUAACUGGAGACUUUCAGAAGAAGUAACUAGUUCGGAUCACAGGGCAAUCCUUUUCGAAAUAAAUUUAGAAAAAUCAAUUAGUACAGAUAUAAAGAGAACUACUAGAAAAUUUAACACGAAAAAGACAAACUGGAGUGAGUUUCGUGAGAAACUCACCCAGAUUUGUCAAUUAAAACAAAUAAAUAACAUACAGAUAGAAAAAAUAGAAAAUAGAGAAGAACUUGAAACGAAAAUAAUAGAAUACACUGAAUCAAUAUUAGAAACUUGCGAAAGCAGUAUAUCCAAAAUUAAAAACAUAAAACGAAUGGGAUUGCCUUGGUGGACCGAAGAGUUGACUCAGAGAAAAAAGGAAGUCUCCAGGAUGAAACGCAGAAUUUCGUGUGCAGCACCAGUACGCCGAGAAUGGGUCGUCGAGCAGUAUAUCAAAACAAAAGAGGAGUACCAACGACAAGUAAAGAACGCACAGACCGCCAGCUGGAAGGAUUUCUGUAGCAAACAAGAUCGCGAAUCUAUGUGGGAUGGGAUCUACAGGGUAAUAGGCCGCACAACUCAGAGACACGAAGAUAUCCCCCUUGUAAGAGAGGGGAUGACUCUGGACAAUGCAGAAUCAGCAAGAUUCUUGGCGGAGACCAUCUAUCCGGACGACAACACCCAGGAGGAUGACGCGGAACACAAGCUUAUUAGGGAAGCAGCUGAAAUAGUAAACGUAGGGUCAGUUGAUGAUUCAAGUGACCCACCUUUUACAGUAGAGGAGCUUAUGUGGGCCGCGUCCAGCUUUAACCCGAAAAAAGCUCCAGGAAAUGAUGGUCUCACAGCCGAUAUCUGCGCAGCGGCCAUUGCCCUGGACCCACCACUGUUCUUGGCACUAGCCAACAAGUGUUUGAAGCUGGCACAUUUCCCCAAAAAAUGGAAGGAGGCGACGGUAGUAGUUCUGCGAAAGCCUGGGAAAGAGGACUACACGCACCCCAAGUCAUACAGGCCGAUUGGGCUACUGCCUGUGCUAGGAAAAAUCUUAGAAAAAAUGUUAGUACGGAGAAUCAAGUGGCACAUCGUACCCAAACUAAGCAAAAAACAAUAUGGUUUUAUGCCACAGCGCAGCACCGAGGACUCCCUCUAUGACAUGAUACAGCUUAUAAAAGCAAACGUCAAUAAUAAAAAAUUGACUGUAUUAGUAUCGUUGGACAUAGAGGGAGCCUUCGAUAACGCCUGGUGGCCUGCAGUACGAUGUGCACUUGCAGAAACCAGAAGCCCCAUAAACAUCAGGAGACUAGUAGAUAGUUACCUUAAUGAUAGAUCUGUAUCCAUCAAAUAUUCAGGGGCGGAAUGGGUCAAAAAGACCACGAAGGGGUGCGUGCAGGGCUCGAUAGGUGGUCCACUGUUCUGGAACCUUCUGUUGGACCCACUCCUCAAAGAGUUAACUAAUAGAGGGGAGUACUGUCAGGCUUUCGCGGACGACGUGGUCCUAAUAUUCUCGGGAGACAAGGCUUUGGAAGUGCAGGAGAGAGCCAAUGCAGCCCUCGCACAUGUUCAGAAGUGGGGAGUCAAAAAUAAGUUAAAAUUCGCACCACAAAAAACUAAAGCAAUGGUUAUCACAAACAAGACCAAAUAUGACUCGCCACUUCUGAAGAUGGGUGGGGAAAGCAUUGUAAUGUCAAAGGAGAUAAAAAUACUCGGCCUCACGGUUGACAAUAAGCUAACUUUCAACACGCACGUGAAGAAUGUGUGCUGUAAGGCACAAAACGUAUACCGUCAGCUGUGCAGAGCCGCAAAGGUACACUGGGGCCUGAACUCCGAGAUUAUUAGGACCAUCUACAUCGCGGUAGUGGAGCCAAUCAUCAUGUAUGCGGCAAGCGCCUGGUCACCGGCAACAAAUAAACGGCUAAUUAAAAAACAGUUCGAUGCGGUACAACGCGGGUUCGUACAGAAAAUCAUCAAGUCAUAUAAAACUGUGUCUCUGCACUCGGCCCUACUACUCGCCGGGCUGCUUCCUCUGGACCUGAGAGUCCGGGAAGCGGCCUUACUUUAUGAGAUAAAGAAAGGUUACUCCCGGCGAGUGGUAGGAGACAGAGAAAUGGAAAGAAAAGUAGAAUUUGACAGGACACCACACCCCGCGGACCAGCAUGGCCUCCAAUUCAUAAGUCUGGGGGACGGUGCACAAAUGGACCAACACGACAACAAAGGCCUAAAAAUCUAUACUGAUGGCAGUAGGAUUGACGGUAAAGUCGGCGCUGCGUUAUCCAUAUGGAAUAACGCGGCGGAGACAAGUCACCGAAAAUUAAAGUUGGAAAAUUUUUGCACCGUCUUCCAGGCUGAGUUGCUGGCCAUAUUGGAAGCAAGCAGGCAUGCUCUUAAGGACCCGGCAGAGAGCUGUAAUGUAUAUAGCGACUCUAGAUCUGCUCUUCAGACAGUCGUCCAAAACGUUUCCCUCCAUCCUAUAGCGGUAGAAAUAAGAGAAAAUAUCAACAAACUAGACAAACAAGGGAAAUCCCUUAAACUUUACUGGGUCAAAGCACACGCAGGGUUGGAGGGAAACGAGAGAGCAGAUCUACUAGCUAAAGAAGCCGCAAUUAAAAGUAAGUGUAGGCCUCACUACGGGAAAUGUCCGGUGUCAUUCGUCAAGCGUCAGAUACGUCUGGAAUCGCUUGACGAAUGGAAUCGUACAUAUAUAGAAGGAAGAACUGCUUCCACCACCAAGGUAUUUUUCCCGGAUGCCUUGAGUGCAUAUCCGAUUAUAAGGAAAAUAGAAAUGGAUCACAUAGUGGUACAGGUGAUGACAGGACACGGCGGGUUCUCUGAAUAUCUGUAUAAAUUCAAAUGUAAAGAGAGCCCGUCGUGUAUCUGUGAUCCAGAGAAGGAGGAGUCAAUUAUUCACCUGAUAACGGAGUGCCCUAUUUAUGGAAAAGAGCGAUUAGAUAUAGAAUUAGAGAUAGAAAGUAAGAUAAAUAAAGAAAAUAUACAUAAAAUUAUAAGUAAUAAGCAUGUAAGAAAUAGGUUUAUAAGUUACUGUAAGAAAAUAGCAAAUAAAGUUGUAAAUAAAAAUAAAUAA